AUGGAACAAGGGACCUUUUCCCACCAAUCCCAUCUCCCAUCUUUACCGUUGCCAAAGCUUGAAGACACGAUUGGCAAGUAUUUGCACUCAUUGAUUCCCGUAGUGAAAUCGGACGAACUCACCGAUGUUACGAAUCUUUCAAAAAAUUUCAUUGAGUCGGAUGAUGCCAAAAAAAUUCAAUCGUUUUUGGAGAAGCGAGCAAAAAAUCGAAGAAAUUGGCUUGAAUCUUGGUGGUAUCAGGCGUACAACUCAACUCGUUGCCCAUUGCUUUUUCAAAAUAUGGGAGCAAUCAACCCAAGGGCAACUCCUCACAAAAAACAGCAGCUUCAUGUUGCUGCCCAGUUUAUCCACGAAAUGAUGAAUUACUGGCAACUUAUUCGAAAGGAGAAGAUUGAGAUAAUGCAAAGCAGAGGGGUCAAAUGGGAUAUGUCUCAAGUCUACAAUUUGUUCAAUGCCUGCCGCCAACCGCAAGUUCCUUGCGAUGUUUUGAAACGUCAUUUUCGAACCGAAAAAGAGGGACCAUGCCCGACGCACGUAAUUAUAUUCUGUAAAGGACAUGUAUGGGAAUUUGAUACGAUGUCGAAAGGGCAAAUUAAAAGUGCUGAUGAAAUUUUUCAAGUUUUGACUUUCAUCGAAUCGAAAUCAGCAAAACGGUGUGAGAAUUCGAUUUUGCCAUUGACCACAUUGGACAGAAAUAGCUGGGCCGACAUUCGUGAAUUUCUCUACCAAGACAGUGAGCAAAAUAUGAAAAAUUUUGAUUCUAUCGAGAAAGCGGUGUUUUGCUUGACGAUUGGAGAAGAUAUCGUGGAAGACGAGUCAGAACUAAUGAAAUAUGCUCUAUUCGGUCUACCAAAUAAUGCAUAUGCAGAUAAAAAUUUGAAUGUUAUUGUGAUGAAAAAUGGACAGAUCUGUCAGCAGGCCGAUCACUGCAAUGUCGACGCAAUUUCCUUGUUUGCACCGUGCGAUCACGCCGCGAAAAAAUUGGAUUACAAUUGGACCCCUGAAUUGAUGGAAAUCUCGUAUCCACCAACAGAAUUGGUGUUUGAUUUGACCAAAAAUGUUGAAGAACAAAUUGUGCGAGCUGAAGAAUGUUUUAAACAAACGGCAUCUCAUAUUGAAUUAAAUGUUUUCACCUACUAUGGUUAUGGUCACAAGCUUUGUAGGAAAUUCAACUUGUACACAGACACAGUAGUUCAGAUUGCCCUUCAAAUGGCGUAUUACAACACGCAUGGCAGGUGCGCGCCGACGUAUGAAACUGCUUCCACUCGAAUGUUCUUUCACGGAAGAACGGAGACUGUUAGAAGCUUGACACCAACUCUUGCAAAGUUUCUGAAAGCGUGUGACAAUGCAGCAACACCAGAAGCACUUUGCACAUUUUUUUAUGAAGCGUACAAUUCACAUAACGCAUUAAUGGAUUCGGCACGGAGAGGUCAGGGCAUUGAUAGACAUUUCCUUGGAAUUCAAAAAGCCAGAGAGUUACUCCAAACGUCAUCUAUUCCAUUAUUUGAGCACCCUUCUUUUGAAAUGAGUGGAGGAAAUGGAAAUUUCAAGCUAUCUACAAGCUUCCUUGGCUACGAUGAAGAAGGAUGCUUUGGAUAUGUGACUGCUAUGUGUAACAACGGAUAUGGUGCUUUCUACAAAAUUGCUAGCGAUAGAUUGAUUUUCACACUAACGACAUUCAAAAAUGAGACGACCAAUCUGACCACAUUUACUGCAAAUCUUGAGAAGAGCUUGAGUUUCAUCAUGACGAAUAUCAUUUUGCAGACAAAUGCGCACUGA